CCGUUCAGUCACUUGAGGUUGAUUUGCUGGCUCGCACGUCCAGUGACUCUCCCACAACUUCCGGCUCGGCACUGUUGAAUUUCCCCAACAACUCUUUCCCACCAUUCGCCCCGCAGUGUUUCCUCACCGCGAUUUUCCUGCCCAUGAUUUCCCCGCGUACAGAAUCACACGGAGAUGGAUUGGCGCCAAAAUAGCCCGCUAAUUCAGCCUCACUGUGAAUUGAUAAGAUAAAUAACGUUUACACAGUGUGUCGGAUUGUUAGUCGAGUCCCAGCCAUAAAAGAAGCCUUUUUAGAGCUGAAUUGUUAAGAAUCAUCAGUAGCAAUUUGUGUGCCUUCAGGUGUACAUCGUGACAAUGAUACAGUGACCAGAUCGGGCUCUUUUGUAUCGCUGUGCCUUCAAUUUUGUAUUAUAUUACCAGUGAACUGUGUGCGUUAAUGAGAGACAAACAACCACAAAUCAGCGGGUGGUGCAUUUAGUCGGGAUUGCCCGAAUUCGUCAUCAUCAUGAUCAGCAAUGACAGCAAAGUUUGGACCACUGCCACAGACAAUGGACUCUCACGAGCAUCAACUGCCGCCGUUCAUCCAACACUUGGGGACAAUCCAUACGCCGUAGGCAUUCAGUCGAGAUUCAGAAGGAAGUACUUUCACAAGAUCAUCUUCCUCUCCCUGAUCUUCGUCAUUCUUAUUCUGUUGAUCGGAAUUAUCGUACUGGCCUGCCAAGAUCAUGUUGUCAAGAUAUGCGAGACGACUGAAUGCCUGCGCGCGGCCGCCAAUUUCAAGCUCUCUAUGGACCAGAGAGUCGAUCCCUGUGAGGACUUCUACAAGUUCACGUGCGGCAACUGGGCUGACGAGCACCCGCGACCGGAUUCCGCCAUGACCAACGACUGGUUCAAUGAGAAGCAAGUGAAGAUCAUGCGCCAGGUGAGAUCCUUUCUGCAGGCCAACAGCACGCCCGAUGAGCCCUUGCCAGUGCAGCAGACGCGGACCAUCUUCUCCGCCUGCAUGGACACUGAGACGAUGGACAAAAUCGGCCUGAAACCCAUCCAGAAGUAUCUUCAGCUCUUUCACCUGCCCAUCAUCCCGACCAUCCUCAACAUCACAGACGUCGAUUACAGCACGUAUUCAUUCGACUGGAUCAAAUCCGUGGCGGCCAUCAAGCGAUACUUCGGCAUGGAUGUGAUGGUGGGCUUCGAUCUGAUGCCCGAUCCGGAGAACAGGUCAGUCUAUCGCAUGGUGAUCGGAACGCCUGAGAUGGACACGGGAAUUCCAUUCAACAACGACAAUCUCAACAAAGCCCAGCGCAUCCGGAGACGUCUUGAGUUUCUGGGCGUUCGCGCGCGCAGUGACGAGUCUGUAAUCCUGGAGGACGAUGAAGAUGAGGAGGACGACGAGACGCUAAUCGGCAGUGCCUAUGCUAAAUACGUGUCGGAUGUGAUAACUGACAUUGUUGUAGAUCACAGAAACGCCACACUGGGCGAAGAGAGUGCGGCAGAUGUCCUCUCAGCCGGCAAGAUGAUCUUCAACAUCACGAGAAUCCUCUACAAACUCGACCAGGCGGCUGAGAAUGUGUCCAAGGCGAACAACGAUCCCAUGAGUGACAUCAUUAACAUGUCCGUGACUGAGCUGCAAAACGCCACGGACUCGUUCAUUGCGCCCCAUGAUGGUCUUUCCGUGUGGGAGAAGUAUAUCUCCCUCUUGUUCGUGGACGUGCCUGAAGUACACCUGAAUCUGGAGAAGGACAAACUGCUGACGAGCAGCGGAGAUCUGCUCUACCUGCAGACGCUGUCGGAAUUCGUGACCAACACAUCUCUGGCCAAGAUUGAGCUGUACAUCUGGUGGGCUGUGGUGGAGGAACUGGUCAUCCACACCACCACAAACAUGCGCAGCCUCCACAAUCAGUACGCCAAGUCCGUCACGAGUCUCGAGGGCUCCACAUCGCGCUCCUUGUACUGCGCCAACGGAGUCAAUCAGCUGAUGGGAAUGGCCGUGAGUUACGCUGUCGCCGAUCGCAGCUUUCUGCAGCGCACCAAGCCAAAUGUCGAGCUCAUGCUGAACCUCAUCCAGACGGCGUUUAACAACUUAGUCGCCACAACGAGUUGGAUGGACGCCGAGACAAAAGCAGCCACGCUGGAAAAGUCCGCCGCCAUGAAGAGUCUCAUUGGCUUCCCCGAGUGGAUACUGGAGAAGAACACCCUCGUGAACUUCUACAAGGGCAUCAAUGUGACAAAUUCCACCCACCUGGACAAUAUGCUGAACGUCCUCCACCGGAAUAUGCUGCAGAAGUUGACGGAGUUUCGGACUGAGAAUAAAUUCGGUUGGGCGACUUCACCAACAAAUGUGAAUGCAUUUCACACUUUCCAAGCUAAUGCCAUAACAAUUCCUCUGGCCAUACUUCAGUAUCCCUUCUACCAUUUGGGACUUGAAGCUUUAAACUACGGAGCCAUCGGCACAAUUCUGGGUCACGAGCUGACUCACGGCUAUGACGACAGCGGGAGGCACUUUGAUAAGAACGGCAACAUCCGACAGUGGUGGUCAAACAGCACAAUUGACGAGUACGAGAAUCGCACAUCCUGUUUCGUGAAGUUCUACAGCAACUACUUCCUCCCCGAAGUGUCUGAUUACAUCAACGGUGAGCUGACGCUGGGGGAGAACAUUGCAGACAACGGUGGCCUUAGAGAAGCCUUUUACGCCUACAAAUUGUACACUGAGAGGAACGGAAGGGAAGAAUUACUGCCGGGCUUUGAGAACUACACUCACGAUCAACUCUUCUUCAUGUCUUAUGGAAAUCUCUGGUGCGAGUCAAUGACAACAGUGGCGAUGAAGUGGGCCCUUGAAGACUCCCACUGCCCGGGAAAAAUUCGCCUGCAUGGUGUUUUGUCCAACUCCCCAGAGUUCGCCAGAGCAUUUCAGUGCAAGAAGGGCUCAGGAAUGUAUCCAUCCGAGCGCUGUCGGCUCUGGUAAUUCUCUGCCAUACACUCAACCCACAAUUGAUGUUGUUUUCUGUGAACUCUGCACAUCGUCACUGUUCACGGCGCCUUUUCGAGUGUCCUCUUCUUGUACAAUCU